UUUUAUCGUUAUCGGUCACGCUGAUUGGGACUCACAAUUUAUAAAAAGUUUACACAAUUUUAAAAAAAUAGGCAAUAAAAUGUCGUCAAUUGAUGCAGAGACGGUUCUGUACAGCAUUUUGGCUUUAGUUGUUAUUGAAAACGCUCUUGAGAUUUACAUAUCGCUGCGUCAAGUGAAAGUGUAUCGAAAUGCACUCAAAGUGCCGGUCGAGCUGACGUCACACAUGACGGAGGAGACAUUCCACAAGGCGCGUAAAUAUGGUUUGGACCAGGAGAACUUUGGAAUCUUCAAGGCGGUGCUGAUGGACGUCAUUCUGCUAUGCCUGGAGCUGCGCAUCGGGCUGAUUGCCGUGAUAUGGGAAAUUGCGGUGAAAGUGCUCAACCAACUUGAGUGGGACGCCAGCAAUGAGAUACUGGUCAGCUGUGUCUUUGUGGUAAUCUCCAAUGUGAUGAGCACAUUCAAGUCGCUGCCCUUCAAGAUCUACAAAAUCUUUGUGCUGGAGGAGACGCAUGGUUUCAACAAGCAAACGGCUGGAUUCUUUGCAUGGGAUCAGGUGAAGGGUUUCCUGGUCACACAAGUACUCAUGAUUCCCAUUACGGCGGCAUUGAUAUUCAUAGUGCAGCGUGGCGGAGACAACUUCUUCAUUUGGCUGUGGCUAUUCACUGGAAUGGUCUCACUGGUCCUGCUCACCCUCUAUCCGAUCUUCAUCGCUCCGCUGUUCGACACGUAUACGCCGCUGGAGAAAGGCCCACUGCGACAGUCCAUUGAGGAUCUGGCCGCAUCUCUGAAGUUCCCCCUCACAAAGCUGUUCGUUGUGGAUGGCUCGAAGCGAUCCUCGCACAGCAAUGCCUACUUCUACGGAUUGUGGAACUCGAAGAGAAUCGUGCUUUUCGACACUCUUCUUCUGAACAAGGGAAAGCCAGACGCCUCGGAGCUUUCCGAUGAUGAGAAGGGAAAGGGCUGCACCAACGAGGAGGUACUGGCCGUCUUGGGACACGAACUGGGCCACUGGAAGCUGGGCCACGUCACCAAGAAUAUUGUGAUCAUGCAGGUUCAUCUGUUCCUGAUGUUCCUCGUCUUUGGCUACCUCUUUAAAUAUGCUCCGUUUUAUGUGGCAAUGGGAUUCGAGCCGGGCACUCGCCCCAUUCUCGUCGGCCUGCUGGUUGUGUUCACCUAUGUGCUGGCGCCGUACAAUGCCAUCAUCAACUUCGCCAUGACGAUCCUGUCGCGCCUGUUCGAGUACCAGGCCGAUGAGUUUGCCUUCAAGCUGGGCUUUGCGGAACAGCUGGGACGGGCACUGAUCAAGCUGAAUCUGGACAACUUGGGCUUUCCCGUCUACGAUUGGCUGUACUCCACCUGGAAUCACUCUCAUCCCACUCUACUCCAGCGCCUGAAUCGUCUGCAGGAGCUGAAGGAGAGCAAGAAAUUAAACUAAAAGCCCACGCAGCGCACAGACCAAAGUUUACACUGUAUUCCCUAUUUUAUAACGUAAAAUAAAGAAUGGGGGGGAGUACUUGUGAGCCCCCCAAAUAA